ACCAACCCCUGCUUACUCCCAGCUCCUAAAUAGAGUAUCGCUGCGAGGGCGAAGAGUGGGCGACCUGUUCGAUCAGCUAUCUAGCUACCAUACCAAGCACCACCACCAGCAAGGCGGCGAGAGAGAGAGAGAGAGAGAGGAGAGAGCUAGAGGCAUGGCGGCCGGCGGCGACACCAUUGCCCGGGUCCACACCGGCAUCGACAGCAGCAACAAGACGCUGCUCAAGAGCGAGGCCCUCUACAAGUACGUGCUGGACACGUCGGUGCUGCCGCACGAGCCGGAGUGCAUGCGUGAGCUGCGGCUGGUGACGGACAAGCACGAGUGGGGGUUCAUGCAGUCGUCCCCGGACGAGGCGCAGCUGCUGCGGAUGCUCAUCAAGCUGACGGGCGCGCGAAACACGCUGGAGGUGGGCGUGUUCACGGGCUACUCUCUCCUCGCCACCGCGCUCGCGCUCCCCGAGGACGGCCGGGUGAUCGCCGUCGACGUGGACCGCGACUACUACGAGAUCGGCCGGCCCUUCAUCGAGAAGGCCGGCGUGGCGCACAAGGUGGACUUCCGCGAGGGCCCCGCGCUGGACCACCUGGACGCGCUCCUCGCCGACGAGCGCAACCUGGGCGCCUUCGACUUCGCCUUCGUCGACGCCGACAAGCCCAACUACGUGCGCUACCACGAGCAGCUGCUCCGCCUGGUGCGCGUGGGGGGCACCAUCGUGUACGACAACACGCUGUGGGCGGGCACCGUGGCGCUGCCCCCGGACACGCCGCUCUCCGACCUCGACCGCCGCUUCUCCGCCGCCAUCAGGGACCUCAACGCCCGCCUCUCCGCCGACGAGCGCGUCGAGGUCUGCCAGCUCGCCAUCGCCGACGGCGUCACCAUCUGCCGCCGCCUCGUCUGAGCGAUAUGAUCCCGCAUGUGGCCGGCGGCUGUGUUGAUCUGUUACUACUCGCCCUCGCUCUCGCUGCUGCUGCUGCUGCCGUCCCGGUACUUUCAAUAAGUUUUUUUUCUUCCCUUUCUGUUUCUUUCUCUUUUUGCAAGUUGGUCGCGUCAGAUCGUGUGGUAUACAGUAUACUGUACCUACUACUACUGUACUGUACUUGUGUAACCGGAAUUGUUGGAGCAAAUACAGCGCAUUACUUUCGCCAUC